AUGGUCUCUUCCACUAUCAACUUCUCCGGCCUCAUGUGCCUCGUCCUGGCUCUCGCCCCCUCAACCGUCCUCUCUGCUCCUCAGAUCCCCGGACUCCCAGUCCCCGAUCUGUUCAACCAACCCGCUACUACCACUGACGAUGGUCACGGUAACAGCGAGUCCGGAGCUGGCAGCGGCGUCCACGUCGGCAUCCCCGGCGGUCCCUUUGUGAACGCCGGUGCCGGUUACCACGACAGCCACCGCGGUCCCUGUGGCCCAACUUCAGGUGACGACCACCACGCCGGUGCCGGCGUCGAUGUUGGCAUCCCCGGAGGUCCCUCCGUCAACGUCGGCAACGGCGAGUACAGCCACCAUGGCGGUUACCCAUGCCCUGAACCCCCAGUGGUUCCGGCUCCCGUUGCUCCUGCUCCUGUCGUCCCUGCUCCUGUUGUUCCCGCUCCGGCUCCUGUUGUCCCUGCUCCCGCCCCAGUCGUUCCGGUCAUGGCUCCCGCUCCCGCUCCUACUGCUCCCACCAGCAUUCCAGCUCCGGCCUUCCUCCCUCCCACCUUCACUACUCCCAUCUCUAUCCCCACUACCACACCCGCUCCUGUCUGGGCUCCCGCUGUCCCCAUCGUUCAGCACUCCACCCCGCUGAUCCCUCGCCCUGCUGCCUCUGCUUCUCCCGCAGCAUCCGCUAUGCCCGUCUACAACGGUGCUGCCUCCAUGGCGCCAGGCUCCUCCGUGCUAGCUGUGGCUCUUCCUCUCGUCCUCGCUUUCUUCUACUAG